AUGAAGACUCAGUAUUCCUUAAUACGAAAAAUUUGGACUCAUCCGAUAACAGAAUUCUUAAAAUCCCAAUGGUUUUUCAUCUGUUUGGCUAUUUUUAUCGUUAUUGCAAGGUUUGCUCCAAAUUUCGCAAGGGACGGAGGGCUAAUUAAAGGCCAAUAUAGUAUUGGAUACGGCUGCGUUGCAUGGAUUUUCCUCCAAAGUGGUCUGGGAAUGAAAUCCAGAUCCUUGAUGGCAAAUAUGUUAAAUUGGAGGGCUCAUGCGACCAUCCUGGUUCUGAGUUUCCUUAUUACCUCGUCCAUAGUAUAUGGAUUUUGUUGCGCGGUAAAGGCUGCUAAUGAUCCGAAAAUAGAUGACUGGGUACUUAUCGGUUUAAUUUUGACUGCCACUUGUCCAACUACCGUGGCAUCAAACGUUAUUAUGACUACGAAUGCCGGUGGAAAUAGCCUUUUGUGCGUUUGUGAAGUGUUUAUUGGGAACUUGUUGGGUGCCUUUAUCACACCUGCAUUGGUUCAAAUGUUUACAAAUCGGGCACCAUUUGAAUACGGCAAUCCUGCCACUGGAAAUGGUAUCGGUGCACUUUAUGGCCGUGUUAUGAAACAAGUUGGGCUCUCGGUCUUCGUACCCUUGUUUGUGGGACAGGUUAUUCAAAAUUGUUUCCCGAAAUAUACUGCUUAUUACCUGGAUUUCUUGAAAAAGCACCAUAUUAAAAUUGGCUCUUAUAUGCUUUUAUUGAUUAUGUUUAGUUCAUUUUCAACAGCCUUUUACCAGGAUGCGUUUACAAGCGUUUCUCAUGUUUGCAUCAUAUUUAUCUGCUUUUUCAAUUUGGGAAUUUACAUAUUCUUCACGGGUCUGUCGUACUUGUGUGCAAGGCCAUGGUUUAUCAUAAAGAUUUUCCCUCAUGAACCGAUAGAGGGCAAAUCUACAAGAUUGUACCAUUAUUCUUAUAAAAUUUUCAGACCUUUUUACUAUUCUAAAGAAGAUGCUAUUUGCAUCAUGUUUUGUGGGCCUGCUAAAACUGCAGCGCUGGGCGUGUCACUAAUUACUUCACAAUACGGGGAUAAAAAAGAACACCUGGGUAAGUUGUUGGUUCCUUUGGUUUUGUAUCAAGUUGAGCAAGUGAUGACGGCAAAUUUCUUUGUAAGCCUUUUCAAAAGAUGGGUACGAAAGGACGACCAACCAGAUGGAAGCGAAUCAUAUUGUACAAAUGAGAAUGAAGAAAUUGAUCUGGAAAAGAACUUAUCAAUUCGAACUGGUGAAAAUCAAUCCGUUCUUUCAAACCCCGUACCAUAUACACAACCAAGGUGA